AUUGAAAAAAAUAGCACCACUUUGGAGAAAUUCCAUUUUCAAAUCUCGAGGUUGCAAUUAUACUCCGAAGAUUCAAAGUAUGUGGACCAAUUACUUCAUGAGAUGGCGACCAAGUCGAUUCUUCAUGUCGUUCAAAAAGACGGUGGUACACAAUUAAAACUAGUUAUUGAUUACGGCGACAACAUGCAGGCAUUGUUUAAACCGAUGCGGUUCCCGCGAGAACAACAGACAUUGCCAAAUCAUUUCUACUUCACAGACUUCGAGAGGCAUACCGCUGAAAUCGCAUCUUUUCAUCUGGACAGGCUUUUAGGAUUUCGCAGAGCGAUGCCGGUGAAUGGUCGAACUCUUAAUGUUACAACGGAAAUUUACCAGAUUGCCGACAGUGAACUGCUUAAAACGUUCUUCGUGAGUCCGGCCGGUAACCUGUGCUUCCACGGCAAAUGUAGUUAUUAUUGCGAUACAGCACAUGCUGUUUGCGGCAGUCCCGAUACUUUAGAGGGUAGCUUCGCCGCCUUUUUACCAGAUAAAACUUUUGCGGCUAGGAAGGCUUGGCGGCAUCCUUGGCGUAGAAGUUAUCAUAAACGGAAGAAGGCCCAAUGGGAACAUGAUUCCGAUUACUGCACUCUGGUAAGAGAAAUUCCACCGUAUAAUGAGGGUCGACGAUUGCUUGAUCUUAUGGACAUGGCAGUCUUCGACUUUUUAACAGGCAACAUGGAUCGCCAUCAUUAUGAGACAUUUAGAAUUUUUGGAAACGAUAGUUUUACAUUACAUCUGGACCAUGGAAGAGGUUUUGGAAAACCUUUCCAUGAUGAAAUGUCUAUUUUAGCACCCCUUUUACAAUGCUGUGUCAUCAGACGAACUACUUUAAGUACUUUACUCCGUUUCCAUAAUGGGCCCACACGGCUCAGUAUCGCCAUGCGGCAAAGUAUGGCAAAAGAUCCUGUAGCUCCCGUCUUAUGGGAACCCCAUUUAGAUGCCCUAGAUCGGCGGAUAAACAUUGUCCUACAAGCCGUCCGUGACUGCAUUGCCCGUGAAAACUCUUCGCAACAAGUCGUCCACAGCGAUAAAAUUGAUUCGAAGUUAUAGCUUUCAAGCGAAUUUAGAAUAAAUA